AUGGCUUCGAAUUUCUCAAACUCAUCUUGGCCAUGCCUUCCUAAUGACCUUUUAGAUUUGAUUCUCUGCAAGCUGGUCCCAAUAUCGGACUGUAUUCGUUUUAGUUCAGUUUGUAAGACAUGGCGUUCUGUUGCAUUGGAGCAUUUUCAGCAAAAAGGGUUAAAGAAUAGAUCCUGCUUUCUUCAUCGCCAGCAGCUUCCCUUGCUUUUGGUGCCUACUCAAGACAACAGUGAUGAAAGGAGAAGUUUGUACAGCAUCACCAACCAGAAAGUUUACAAAUCUCAGUUGUCCGUGCCUUAUAAUAGAAGGUGUUGCGGUUCUUCCCAUGGUUGGCUGGUGAUUGUGAAUGAAAAUAAUACUCUUUCCCUUCUAAAUCCUUUCUCAGAUGCAGUUAUCCACCUCCCUCCUGUUAUAGAUAUAUAUGGCCCAGAGACUGAACGCACCCCGCAUGAGCGUCAUUAUCCCUUUGAUGACCAUGACAUUAACGAUGAAGAUGAUUAUGGCCCUAAUGUCGAUGAUGAUGAUAAUGGUGGCAGCACAGAGGAGGAUACGCUUGAUGGUAAUUAUGACGAAGACGACGAUGACGACGAUGACGACGACGAUGACGACGACGACGACGACAUCAGCAUUGACUAUGAAUUAUAUGACUUAGGAAACCCAGACGUGGAAGAAGAAGAGGAAGAGGAAGAUAUUCAAAACAACUUUGAAUAUGACAUCCAUAAAGCUGUUUUAUCCAUGGAUCCUGAUUUAUAUCCAAGCGAUUAUACAGUUAUGGUCAUCUACGGUGUUAUGCAUAGACUGGCAUUCAUCAGAUCAGGUGACAAGGAUUGGACCUAUAUAAAUCACACGUUAAAAAUGUUCGAGGAUGUUAUUUAUUAUCAAGGAAAAUUUCAUGCCUUGCACCAAUGGGGCAAGCUAAUUAGUUGCGAUGUUAGCCAGUUUCCUCCAAAAAUAAACAAAAUUGUACCUGCUUUCUAUGCUAUACCUCAUGUUUUAAAGGCUUAUCUAGUGGAAUUGCCAAAAGGAGGAGAAUUGGCGAUGGUUUACAGGUUUAUGAGCGAUGGAUAUAUGACAGAAGGAUUUCAUGUACUGAAGCUUCAGGUUAAGCCAAACAAGUCCAGGUGGGUUAGGACAUCAACUCUGGGUGAUGUUGCCCUCUUCUUGGGAGAUAAUUAUUCCACUUCAGUUUCCACUAGUGAUUAUCCAGGAUGCCAUCCAGAUUGCGUUUACUUUACCGAUGAUUAUUUAGAAUUCUACACAUCGUUCACACCCUAUGCUGUUCAUGGUGGAGGAGGGCCUCGUGAUAAUGGUUUCUUCAACUUAAGAGAGAAAGGCUUUGGGAAACAUUACGAGCUCCAUCCUUCCCAGCAACAUAUGCCGCCGCCGAUUUGGAUCGUACCAAAAUUCAAAUACUGA